AUGACUACGUUGGACGCAGCAGCAGAAGGCCAGUUCCAAGGAAGAGAAUCGGCUACGCAUCGAUUUCAUGGACCGGGGACCUUCGACCCUACAAAGGAAGACUGGAAGCUAUAUAAGAUAAGGUUUCAAGCUUCAUUGGAUGUAGCCAGAAUUGCGACGGAUACCGACAAGAGGAACUUGUUCAUAACGUCGCUAGGACCUGACACUUUCAAGCUACUGUACUCGCUGGUUCAGCCGAGGGACGUCACGGAAGUCUCGUUUGUGGACCUCAUCAAAAAACUAGAUGAAUUCUACGCGCCGAAACGCUUUAAAGAGUUCGAAAGAGCAAGGCUUUUCUCAGCAAAGCAGGCGGAAACGGAAUCGGUGGCACAAUUUUUGACGAGGUUACGUGCAAUUAUCUCGAACUGUGAGUACGAGUCUGAGACAGACAUUCGAGCUUCGUCGUUGUUGACGGCAUUUAUCGUCGGUCUACGGGACCAGAGACUCAGGGCAAGGUUAGUUCUUGAGAAGGGUCUUACCAUAGAUGCUGCCCUGAAGCUGUCGGAAAGCAUACUUUCUGCUGAACAGGAGUCGCGACUGCUGGAAGAAGGAACCGCAUCGAGCAGUUCAUCCGUUGCUAAAGUGCAAGAUAAAAGCAAGGACUCUAAACCAGUUAGGUGUUUUCGAUGUGGUAACUUCAAUCACGCUGAAAGCGCGUGUCGAUUUCGACAGGAAGAGUGUCGUUUGUGCAAGAAGAAAGGUCAUAUCGCUAAAAUGUGCAAGAACAACCCCAGGAUGAAAAAGGGGAAAAUCAAAGCUGUCACGGAUAUAUUUCUCGCGGAAGAGAGAGACGGCAAGUUUGUGCUUUGCACGAUUUUAGGACAGGACGUUCAACUGCAAGUUGAUACCGGAUCUAGACAUACACUUCUAAAUCACCAGUCAUGGAUAAAGCUUGGGAAGCCGAAGCUUAGUCCACCUUCGUAUAGCUUGCAAGGUUUCAACAAAAAUCCAAUUGCUCUCAAGGGUCAAGGGCAGGUAGAAGUUGCAUACCAAGGUCGAACCCAUCACCUGGAGAUUGUGGUUACUGAGUCUCUCCACAGAAAUCUUCUUGGCAGAGAAUGGAUUGAGAAGUUGGGAGUUGAUCUUAACAAGCUGUUUGUGGGAGCUCUGGAUAACGUACCCUCUUCUCUGACUAAUACCUUAGAGACUCAUAGGGAAUUGUUCAAGAAAGGUCUCGGCAGAUGCCAAAAGGUCAAAGUGCACGUUCAACUCAAAGAUGGCGCGUCCCCGAAGUUUUUCAAACCAAGGCCCAUUCCGUUCGCAUUACGUUCCUUGGUUGAAAACGACUUGGAGAGACAGUGCAAAAAUGGAGUUCUGACGGCGGUAGAUUAUUCAGAUUGGGCGACACCAAUUGUAGUUGUACCUAAACCUAACGGCGCAGUGCGCGUUUGUGGCGAUUUUAGUGUAUCGAUAAACCCCCAACUGGAUAUCACACAGUAUCCGCUCCCGAGACCAGAAGAACUUUUCGCUAAGCUCAAUGGAGGCCAAAAGUUUUCAAAACUCGAUCUUUCGGAAGCCUACCUACAAAUGGAGCUAGACGAAGAAGCGAAGAAGCUACUAGUCAUCAAUACACAUAAGGGCUUAUUUCAGUUUAACCGAAUGCCUUUCGGAAUCGCUUCGGCACCGGCAAUCUUUCAACGCACCAUGGAGCAAGUGACAGCAGGGAUAGAUCAUGUAGCCUGCUAUCUAGACGACAUUAUUGUGACGGGCUGCGAUGAUGACGAACAUAACAAAAAUCUCGAAGCUGUGUUCAAAAGGCUCAAGGAAUAUGGUUUUGUAUUGAAAGAGGAAAAGUGUGCCUUCCUGAAAGAUGAAGUGGAGUACCUUGGACAGGUUGUGUCAGCAAAAGGCUUCUUCCCUUCUCCGAAGAAAGUUUCUGCGGUGUUGAACAUGCCUGAGCCAACGAAUGUAUCCGAAUUGCGAGCGUUUCUUGGCAUGGUCCAACACUACAGCAAGUUUAUACCAGGAUUGGCAGACUUGUCAUCACCGCUAAAUAAGUUACUUCGUAAGAACAUGCCUUGGUGCUGGUCUGAGGACUGCGUAGACGCUUUCGACGGCCUCAAACAGAAACUAACGUCUAUCGACGCUCUAACCCAUUUUGACCCGCGCAAACCAAUCUAUUUGGCAGCGGACGCCUCUUCAGAAGGAGUUGGCGCGGUUAUUUAUCAUAAGAUCGACGGAAAGGAGCGGCCGAUAGCCCAUGCCUCGAAGACAUUAUCAUCAGCCGAGAGGAAUUAUGCUCAAAUCGAGAAGGAAGCGUUAGCCAUCAUUUUUGGACUGAAAAAGUUCCAUCAGUAUCUCUGGGGACGACGGUUUACGCUAUAUACGGAUCAUAAACCUCUCACUACAAUUUUCGGUCCAAAGAAAGGCAUACCAGUCACUGCAGCUAAUAGAUUGCAACGGUGGGCAUUGAUUAUGAUUGGCUAUACAUACGACAUACAGUAUAAGCCAACUCAUCAGAUGGGAAACGCCGACGGGUUGUCGAGACUUGCACAGGGGCCGGAUGAUGAUUUCGACCGUGCAAUAGCGACUGACAACAUAGCAAACGUGGAAGAUGUUAACCUUCUUUCGACAGAAGCGAUUUCGAUGCUUCCUGUAACGGCGUCUGCUAUCGCAGAAGAGACGGCAAAGGACCCGGUGUUUGCCCAACUCUCCCAUCACUUACUAGAAGGUCGUUCUGCUGGGGAAGACAAGCCGGAACUUCGUGCUUACUUACACCGUGAAAGUGAGCUGUCGAUUUCUCACGGCUGCAUUUUACUGGGAAUGCGUACGGUCAUUCCUCCGAAGUACCGCAAGAGUAUCUUGGAUGUGCUGCACGAAGGGCAUCUAGGACUCACCAAAAUGAAGAUGCUCGCUAGAUCGUAUGUUUGGUGGCCUGGAUUGGACAACGACAUCGCAGCCAAAGUCAAAAGUUGUGAAUCUUGUGCCUCAACCGCAGAGGACAUUCAACCAGUCCCUCUACACCGUUGGGAACGCCCAGAACAUCCUUGGACGAGACUGCAUGCCGAUUUUGCGGAGUACGACAAGAAACACUUUCUAGUGGUUAUAGAUGCUCAUAGCAAGUGGCCGGAAGUUGUCCAAGUACGCCGUCAGACUGUGACUGACACCUUGAAGGCCUUCCAAGAAAUCUUCCUGCGGCAGGAUACCCCUGAGCAGUUGGUGACCGAUAAUGGCCCACAGUUCACCAGUGCUGAUUUCAAAUCCUUCUUGGAGCUACGGGGAAUCCGUCACAUUCUCACACCACCCUAUCACCCCAAGUCCAACGGACAAGCUGAAAACUUCGUAAGGUCCCUGAAGCAAGACUUACGUCGUGCUCAAGCUGGGAAGGAGGAGGAGCCUGUUGGAACGUUUCUCGCGAAAUACAGAGCUACCCCACAUGUGUCGACCGGCAAGUCACCCUGCGAGCUGCUAAACAAGAGACUCUUCAGGAUGACUCUAGACCUGGUCCGACCAUCCCGGCGCGAAAGUGGCGAUGUCGUCAUGCCACUCACACAGAACAAGUCUACCAGGAAUUUCCAAGUCAUGGAAAAGGUCUGGGUAAAGGAUCCAACUCAAAAACAUCACUGGAUCAAGGGCGUCGUCUUGGGACGCAUAGGUAAUGUUAUAUACGACGUGGACGUGGAAGGUAAGAAGCGCCGCCGUGUUCACGCCGAUCACUUGAAGAGAAGAAUCUCUGCGGACGUUGUGCCAAAUGCUGAUGUCGAGAGCACAACCCGUCCAACUGGUCGAUUAGAUCUCCCAGUGGCUCUUGCCUUCAGCUCCCGGCACCCAACUGAGAUACUUCCUCACGAUGACCUCCCUGCGUCGUCGUCCAUGGCGUCUCCUGAUCGUCUGCCCCCUGUCCCUACCAGAAGAUAUCCUGUGCGUCGUCGGAGAUCUCCCGCACGCUUCAAAUUCACAACGUUAGGAGGGAGGGAUGUAGUGGAUGACGACGACGUUACGGAAGAUGAACAACGAGCCGCGUGA